AAAGAAAUGACGACUUAAAGAUCAUCAUAAUUUGAAUCAGCACUGGAGCACUUGAUAUGUUGUCUACAGCAUUACUCAUGACAGGCCUUGUGCAAUGCUAUGGUGAAAGAAAUGGAGACGAUACCUAAGGCACCGUGAACAGGACAACAAGAGGAAACUUGAGGAUUGUGAAGGCUGAAGAUGUCUUCUGGUGAAAUGGACGAGCCAGAUCUGGGCCUGGUCAACUUGGACUGGAGUUGCGAGGAAUGCCAAGUACUGAAGCAGCAAUUGGCCAAGUCCCAGGAAGACCACGCCUCCAACUAUACCACCCUCAAACAGAAAAUCAUCUCUACGGAUUUGCUGAUCAAGAAAUUCAAGACAAAGUGUGACAAAUAUGACAGCCAGACCAAAAAGCUGGAGGACACCACGAAAAAACUGGAGAAGUCACAAAGAGAUUGUCAGACAUUGGAACAGCAAAUGAAGGUUGCACUGGAACAGCUUGAACCGUUGAAAAAGGCUAAUGCUACACUUGCCAAAGAGAAGAGCAGACAGGGUCAGCAGGUGGCCAUUCUUAACGAUAAACUUCAGGCAGCAGAGCAAUUACAGAAGCAGUAUCAACAGUUUACUCUGGAAUCCGACAAACACAAGAAAGCGUGUGAACAGAAGACAGAGGAAAGUAAAAAGAAACUUCAUAAUCUGGAGAUCAGCUCUAAAAAGCAAGAAAGUACAAUCGCAAAACUGAAAGAGAGCCUAAAUCAAAAGAAGUUGAAGUUGGACGAGGCAAAGAAGAGUAACAAGAAACUGGAGUCCGAGCUUGCUAGACUUACAAAAAAAGCGGACAGAUUUUACCACAUAUUGCUGAGGCACGGGCUGCUUCCAAUUGAAGAGCAUCUUGUAAGUAACCAGGGUGGAAUCGCAGAAGUUUGGCAUCCAACUGAAAAAGAUUUUGAGGAGGAGAACUCUUCAGUGGCAGAGGAAGGAACGUCACACAGCUUUGUCCCGGAAGUCCUUAGUGAAGAAGAGGAAGAAGAAGAAUCGGUUGCCAUGAUAUGUGAAGAUCAGCCAGAGAAGAUGAAUAUGGCAGACAUUUUCUCAGAUAUUUUACGAUUUGAGUUGCUGGCCCCUAUAUCCCCAUUGGCCCCUUCGCCCUUGGACAGUGAUCAGGAUAGCGUUUCCUCUCCAGCCUCGGGGAUCAUUGAAGAAGACGAAUUAGACAAGCUUGCCGGUCUGUUGGAAAGCGAAAUUCUACCACCCAACAAUGAACAGGUGUCCACUGAUGAUAAUAGCUCUCAAAAUGACAGCGGUGAUGUUGACGAUGGAAAGGAACAUCUAGAAACCGUGGCUCAGGCUGAAAAUAAGGAUCGGAAACUUGAAGCUGAGGAUAUUGGGGUGUCAAAAACAAGUGUGGACAUGGAAGACAUUUCAUUGGUGUACAAGAAAGCGCCCAGUAGUCCUCCUAAGAAGAGCGACAGGAAAUGCUUUAUGGAUGAUCAGAUGCCGAAGCUGUCAAGGCGUCUGUCACCAAUAAGCGUGAGACUGCCGUCUCUCCUGGAAGACGAAGUCAUGGAAAACAGCUCAGAGUCAAGGGGAAUGCCAUUUCCUGCAGAUGUGGAGAGUCUGUCAGAUUCCGACCACGAGGAAGCCAAUUCCCAGGAGUGUGCAGGUAAAAUCACUCGGCAGGGAACUACAGAGUUUGUUGUGUCGAAAGACGUGGAAAUUGAUAGUGUUGGUGGUAGCAGCACAGAUCAAGAUGGCUUGUUGUUCGAAGCCAAUUCUCGCUCUUCGUUUUGCUCAGAAUCUCAGGAAAAUGACACAAAUUCGGGUGACCUCAUUCGUUUGGAAGACAAAGCUUGGUCUGAUGACAAAGUUGACACUUGUGACAAAACUGAUGGCAGUUAUACAACUUCACAGUGCCUCAAUGAUGAUAGCUUUAAGCGUAAGGAGCAGGAAUCCAUACCACAAAAUCUCAGCAGAAAUAAUCUUUCAAGUGAAACCUCAGGAAGUAACAAUUCAGUGGAGUCAGUGAAAGAAAGUAUUAUCAAAUCCAAAGAACUUAGGACUAUUCCUCCCCCAUUGUAUCAGGGUAACGUAAAAUGUGAUGCAAAGCUGGAACAGAAAAGUGAAGAGGACAUCACUGAGACUAGAAAACAGACAAAGAAUGGAGAUAAUUUGGAUUUAAGCUCUCCAAUAGCAAGGGUCUUGAAUGAAACAGUAGAGGAAUCAAAAAAAGACUUCAGUUUAAGUGACAUUCGUGAAAUGUCCCUCAUGUUUGGCCUCCUCUCGAGGAAAAAGCGGAAAAGGUGCUCCUCUGAGCCUUCUCGCUCUUGUGUCAGGCAUUUGCGAUCCCACUCCAGAUCAGAUGGUUCCUCUCCUGUGAAAAAGGCAUUCAACAGGCAGAAAAGUAGUGGGGAAGUUAGCGAGCCAGUGAAGGGUUUUGCCAUUAACCUUUCAUCAGCAUUGUCAAAUGAGUCAAAGGAAGAAGUAACCGAGCAGGAAAAGGAGACUUCCGGUAGAAAUAAAGCUUCUCCGAGGCAGCUCAGACGAUCCGCAAGACUUUCUAAGGGACAGCAUGUUUGUGAUCAAGAUGAAAAUAAUAAGAAGGAUGCAGCGUCGGUCUUUCCUCAAGAAGUUCAAGUGUUUCCAAAAGAAAGGACUGAAUAUGACAAAAAUGGUGUCAGUGGAAUGAAGGAGUUUAGUGAUACUACUGAAAAUGAACGCUCUGAAAUAUUGACAACAGAAACUCCAUUGUCGACCAGGAUUAUUGCUCCGAGGAGAAUUACCAGAUCUUCGGCAAAAGCAGAGACCAAAGAGUGGGAGAAACGCAUGGGCAGAGCAAAGACUGGAGUUGUGGAGACUAAUAAACAUGCCAGUCCCAAUAAUGUAACUGGGCAAAGACGUGUUACAAGGUCUCUAGUCCGUCAGACUUCUGAGGGAUGGCUGGAAAAUCCAGACAAUGAAACAAAGACCAAUGUUGUAGAUGUUUCUGAAAGUGUAGUUGAAAAAAGGGAGGAAAGAAUUGAUAGUGGUGUUGAGAAUGAAAGACAUGAGGAAUCUUUUGCUAAUGGUUCUGCUGCAAAUGUAUUAAGUGAAGAACCAAGUACAUCAUCUACUGAAGGGGACAUGUUGGAUAGAAAUUCAGUAGCACAACAAGAACUUUCUAUAAAAAAUAUUUCUAUAUCAGAACUUGAGAAAAACCUGCCUGGCAUGCAUACCAUCGAUAAGGCAACGGCAUCAGAGGCAAAUGAUGGACAUGGGGAGACUUUGUGUGAAGAGCCAAUGACGGCAAAGAGUGACUGUGUGGUAGAUGCUAAUGAUAACAUUCGUAGUGCUUCAAAACAGUCUUUCGAUGUGAAUCGUGGUCCAUUAAACCCAGAUUUACUGGUGAAAGACGAUGUAAGACUUUCAUUGAAGGUAACUAAGGUUGAUGCACCCAGUAAUUCAUCCUUGGGGGUUGUAGCUUCACCUGCCUUUGACUCUCACUGUGAUAAUAGUGGUACUGUACAUAACCAGGUUCCAGCGCGUCAGACUACAGACUCAGGUGGUGAGGAAAACGCAGAAACUUUGUGUACAGGAAACAGUACAAAUUCUGUGAUAUCGCAAGUAGUUGAAGAGCCCAAGAUUAAUUCUGAGGCUCUGGAAUGUUCGAAAUUCAUCAGUGAGCAGUCUGUUGGUACUAGACAUGAGAGUCAGUCUGGCAGCACUACUUGUACAGAUUCCAACACUUCUGCUGGCAGCUGUGUAGUGAAAGAAAGCACAGAAUACUCCAGUCCGCUACGACCAAGGACCUCAGCGCUACCACUCGGCUCAACUUUUGUGCCAAUCUACAUACCCACUUCUACCCCGGCAUCCUCUGUUCCAUCUGUGAUUCGCCAGUCUACCUCAAGCAUAACAGUUGUCUCCCCUGAGACAAGCAGGCCCGCCUUGACCGGCAGCACUGCUAGCUCCCUCUGUCGCUCAGAGACUCCAAGCUCUAACUCAAGUUGCUCUAUAUCAGCUUCAUCCCCAGUAUCGCCCUUACCGCCAUCUCCGUUUGAGUACUUGAACAUCAUCCCUAUAUCCCCUUUACCCCCAUCCCCUGUUCCUGCUGAACCCUUAUCCCCAUUGCCGUCAUCACCUUCCAGAGAAGUGGACGAGUUAGAAGACACUGUGGUGGAGGAGCCAACUUUAGAAGCCAUGGAUGUUGUCGCAGCUGAGGUUAGCCCUCAGGGAAACCAUGCAGCAAUUCUUCAGCCAACACCACUACCCCAAGCCAUAACACCACUCCCCAUAACUCCAUCUGAAGCAAGGCAUCCUGUGACACCAUUAUCAUGUACUCCUACAUCGAAUGCCAGUGAACAUGCUACAUGUGCAGCGAAUGUGACCCCGAGCAGUGCUGCAAUGGUAGCAGCUUCCAAACAAGACCCCAAACAAUCAACUUCUAGACAUCCAAGUGGAGAAGUUGGACCCUCCAGGAGGAACCUGGAGUUGUCUUUUUCAGACAGUUCAACAGAGCAUGUCCAUCCAGCUCCUGGACAGAAAGAUGUUCUUUAUUCUAAAAGCACACAAGUUGCAGGCCAUCAGAAUGUUCUUGAAGACCAAGGUGGGGUGUCAUUACUAAGAGCUAAGAAGCGUGUCAGCCAUUACAAACCUGCCGACUCCAGAUCUGAUAGUGCCAGUGCCUUGGGAACUACGCCUGCCCUGAUUGAACGCAAAAAGAGGAAAUCUUCAGGUGGGAAUGCCUCCCAGAGUGUGAACCAGUCACCAGCAGUUCCUCUGAAAGCAUCUGGUGACAUCCACAUUUCACAAGAAGGGAAUAAGCAAAAGAAGAAGUGGUCCAGUGGUAGGAGAAGUGAAGCAGGGGAGAUAACAGUUGCAUUACAUCCAGGGGGAGAUAAUGAUAGGAUGUCCAAUGAAGAUGUGAAAAACCAGGCUGUUUGCAUUGGAAGGAAGAAAAGGAAGUCAUCAGACGGAGAAAAUGUAGGCUUUGCACAGAAAGUUUUGGUACUGAGUAAUGCUAAUUCAUCAGGGAUGUCCAAACCCCAGGCACUACCUGCUGAUCUUGUCAAAUUGGUCAGUCAGGAGCUGGAGGGUUACCUCAGGCUGUCUGGGGCUGACCCCAGCCCUCUCUUACAGAGGAUUCUACGGGGCAAAUCCCCAGAAGUGGUGGUCAGGAUACUCAUACAGGAAAUCAACAAGACAGGAGCAGCAUUUUCAAUCAAUAAGAUGCUGGAAUUGCUACCUGCUGCGGACGUGACAAUCAGUCCAUCAGAUGGUCCAUACAUCACGCCUCAGGAAGAUCAGCUUGUCAGGCUGUUACAGGCUGUUAUAGUCUUUGUCAAAGAUAGAGAUCACCUGGACAUGUCUCAUGUGAUAAUGCAGUCAAUAUGGAAGGAAGUGUUUAGCUGUGACACUUGUGGACUCAAUGGCGACGUCACAGUCCGUCUGAAAACACAACUGUGCCGCCUAUAUACAGCCAUGUGUAGACUGGGGGGUAAGUCUUUUCAUUAAUUUGUUCAUU